ACUUCGUCCUCUGGAGCGGUCGGUGCUUCGCUGAGACUCCGCCCACCGCAGUGAUUGUGACCGAGGCUCCACCCACAGCGCUGUGAGUUCGCACACAUGUGAGACAGACGCCUGCUUGUAGACGGACACGGGUUGCUGCUGGUGAAACGCUGUCAAGAUCUUCGGCAGAGAAAGUUUUCAUCAUGCUGUGCGUGAGUGCAUCGGCGAGGCUCGCCGAAGUCCUGUGCAGACGCUUUCCGCGCGCGUCCGCAUCCCCGCAGCGAAACAGCGUCGUCCACAGCAGCGCAGCAGCGUCUCACAGCUAUGUGAUCGUUGGAGCCGGCUCCGCAGGAUGCGUUCUGGCCAACCGGCUUUCAGAGAACGCGUCUGAGUCGGUGCUGCUCCUGGAGGCGGGACCCAAAGACAUGCAGCUGGGCAGCACCCGUCUGUCGUGGAAGAUUCACAUGCCCGCCGCGCUGACCUAUAACCUGUGCAAUGACAAGUACAACUGGUAUUACCACACGUUACCUCAGGGGCACAUGGACAACAGGGUGAUGUACUGGCCUCGUGGGCGUGUUUGGGGCGGCUCGUCCUCGCUCAACGCCAUGGUGUACAUCCGCGGGCACGCCGAGGACUACAACCGCUGGCAGAGAGAAGGUGCCGAGGGUUGGGACUAUGAACACUGUCUUCCUUACUUCUGUAAGGCCCAGACGCACGAGCUGGGGGCGAACCGUUACCGAGGGGGUGGCGGCACGCUUCACGUCUCACGUGGGAAGACGGAUCACCCGUUGCAUCGCACGUUCAUCACGGCGGGCCAGCAGGCGGGAUACCCCUUCACCGACGAUAUGAACGGAUACCAGCAGGAGGGAGUCGGGUGGAUGGACAUGACCAUCCACAAAGGUAAAAGAUGGAGUACAGCAAGCGCUUACCUUCGCCCUGCGCUGUCCAGACCCAACCUGAGCGCUGAGGUCGGCUGCAUGGUGACGCGGAUCCUGUUUGAAGGGACCCGGGCACGAGGGGUGGAGUUUCAGCAGAAUGGACAGAUGAAAAGGGUGUUUGCUGAUAAAGAAGUGAUUCUCUGCGGUGGAGCUAUAAACUCUCCUCAGCUCCUCAUGCUGUCUGGAGUGGGAAGCGCAGAUGAACUGCACGCAUUAGAUAUUCCUGUUACUCAACACCUGCCAGGUGUGGGCUGUAAUCUUCAGGAUCAUCUGGAGUUAUAUAUUCAACAUGAGUGCACUCAGCCCAUCACUCUGUAUAAAGCACAGAAACCCUUGCACAUGCUGAAGAUCGGCCUGCAGUGGCUCCUCACAUUCACAGGUUACGGUGCUACGGCUCAUCUGGAGAGCGGAGGUUUCAUUCGCAGCCGUCCUGGCGUUCCUCAUCCUGAUAUUCAGUUUCAUUUUCUGCCCUCUCAGGUCAUCGAUCACGGCCGUGUCAAAUCUAAAAUCGAGGCCUUCCAGGUUCAUGUUGGGCCUAUGAGGAGCGCAAGUGUUGGCUGGCUCAAACUGAAGAGUAAAGACCCAAAUGCCCAUCCAGUCAUCCAACCAAACUAUCUCUCUAGCGAAACGGACGUGUUGGAAUUCAGAGCUUGCGUGAAGCUCACACGGGAAAUAUUCGCUCAGAAAGCCUUCGACCCAUUCCGAGGUCCCGAGGUGCUGCCCGGUCCCGCCACCCAGUCGGACGCAGAGAUCGAUGCUUUCGUUCGGCAGAAGGCGGACAGCGCUUACCACCCGUCCUGCACGUGUAAGAUGGGCAGCGCCUCGGACCGCAUGGCAGUGGUGGAUCCGGAGCUGCGCGUGUACGGUGUCGAGGGGCUGAGGGUGGUGGACGCCUCCGUCAUGCCCAGCAUGGUGAGCGGUAACUUAAAUGCCCCCACUAUAAUGAUCGCAGAGAAGGCAGCGGAUGCAAUUAAAGGCCUUCCAUCACUUCAUGACCCCGGAGUCCCCGUUUACCAGCCUGCCAGUCUGAAAACACAGCGAUGAGAGAACUACAGCCUGAUCACACAAACUUCACCUGCUUCUCAAACAUUUUAAAUGUUUUUUAAAACAAAUGAGAACGACAACUUCAUUUAUUACAAAAUGAUUUUAAUGCGUCUUCUCACUAUACAGUUCUUAUUCACAUAAUGCAGUAUAAUAGUGAUGUGAUAAAAACAUAACGUCUAAAUUAUAAGGAUGAAUGAGUUUAUAACAUCAAGUCGAUAAAGAUGCUGACAAACUUCACACAGUAGCCUGUUGAAAAAGCAAACCAAGAUUUGUAUUUUGUCACUGUGCUUUAACAUGUUUUGUAAAGGAACUGAUUAUAUUUAUGACAAUUCUAAAACAUUUAAGCUACUAUGUUAAUGACUAUGAUGAUGUUUAUGAUUCACAAAGAGAGAAAUGUUACACCAUUUCAAGAUUUAUUUUAUGCUGGUGCUGUGCGUUUAUUACAUUUGAUUACAGAAUGCUUUAUUUACUUAAACACUAGUUAUAUAUGUAACAGAUUUAACCUGCACAUAAAAGCAGAUUGUUGUCACUGAAAAUAAAUCAAAUAAAAUCCUCUGAUAAUAAAAUAAAUUAAAAAUGUGUUAUUCGUGUAUGACAGUAAUUCACCGAAAACUCUUAUUUCACUGACUAAGAGUAUACAGAAAAUCUUUAAAAAAAUCUAACUUUCACCUCCUUAUUGAAACACUGUGCUGGUGUUUUAUUAAAGGCACCAGUCAUGUAGGAUUUCUUUUUCUUUAUGCGAGAAUAAAGGCAGUCUAUAUUUAUUGAAAGGUUUACGCAAUCGUUGAGUGACAGAUGAUAUGUUGUCUUUAAAUGACACAGAAGUGAAGGGUCUGAUCUCAGUGUUUCUGUUGCUCAUAAACAGCAAUGCUGCCGAGGAUUGAAGAUGUAGUGUUGUGUUUUUCUGGGGGCAUUUUCUUGCAACGGUAGUUCAGUGUGGAAAAGACUGGAGUUAGAAAUUAACUCAGGUUUGAUCAUGACAGUGUAAAUGUCUGUUUUCUACUCUUUCCAUCCUUAAAAAAAAGACUGUGCUGGGCUAUACAGUAUAUGAGACCAGUUUUACUGCGCUUAUGCUUUUUGUUGUCCUUAUGUUGUUCCAAUUGCUUCCAUUGUUGACCUCAUUUGUGAGUCGCUUUGGAUAAAAGCGUCUGCUAAAUGACUAAAUGUAAAAUGUAAUGUAAAUGUUCUGGAAAAAUCCUCCAGACCCGACACAGCCUUCAUUUACUCUUCAAGUACUUUCAAGUUAACAUUGACUAAAGAUGUUAACAAAGCCUAGAUGUACAAUAUGUAUGAAUGUAUGGUGUAAUAAACAUCAGUGUAUUGUGUGCUGAGAAUAUGAGCAGUGAGUUUCGUGUGUGUGUUUUGUGGCCUGUAAUCAUCAUCUGUUAUCUAUUACCUGCCAGACGAGUUUCAAAGAGAAAGAAACAUUCUUGUACUUUAUAAAAGGUUUGGAUGAGUUCCAUGUUUGUGCUUAUUUUAUUCAUUGAUUUGAUACGUAGUGGGGGAAGUAUUUAUGAAUCAUAUGAGUCGGUUUGUCGGACUGAGCGCUUCAUGCUUUAUUAACAUGUACAGUCGUGGGCGUGGCCAAAAGUUAUGAGAAUGACACAAAUAUUAAUUUUCACUAAGUCUACUGCGUCAGUGAUUUUUAUGUUUUUGUCAGAUGUUACUAUGGUAUACUGAAGUAUAACUACAAGCAUUUCAUAAGUGUCAAAGGCUUUUAUUGACAAUUACAUUAAGUUUACGCAAAGACUCAAUAUUUGCAGUGUUGACCCUUCUUUUUCAAGACCUCUGCAAUUCACCUGGGCAUGCUGUCAAUCAACUUCUGGGCCACAUCCUCACUGAUGGCAGCCCAUUCUUCCAUAAUCAAUGCUUGGAGUUUGCCAGAAUUUGUAGGUUUUCUUUUUGCUUGAGGAUUGACCACAAGUUCUCAAAGGGAUUAAGGUCUGGGGAGUCUCCUGGCCAUGGACUCAAAAUGUUGAUGUUUUGGUCCCCGAGCCACUUAGUUAUUACUUUUGCCUUGGAAAGGUAUUUUUUUGGAAAGGUGCACCAUCAUGCUGGAGAAGGCAUUGUUCAUCACAAACUGUUCUUGGAUGGUUGGGAGAAGUUGCUGUCUGAGGAUGGUUUUGUACCAUUCUUUGUUCAUGGCUGUGUUCUGAGGCAGAAUUGUGAGAAGCAACCCCACACACGAAUGGUCUCAGGAUGCUUUACUGUUGGCAUGACACAGGACUGAUUGUAGCGCUCACCUUUCUUCUCCAGAAGCCUUCUUCACAACAAUUGAAGCUCUCUCCUUGAAGUUUCUGAUGAUCCGAUAAAUGGUUGAUGUAGGUGCAAUCUUACUAGCAGCAAUAGCCUUGCCUGUGAAUCCCUUUUUGUGCAAAGCAAUGAUGACUGCACGUGUUUCCUUGCAGGUAAGCAUGGUUAACAGAGGAAGAACAAUGAUUUCCAGCACCACCCUCCUUUUAAAGCUUCCAGUCUGUUAUUCUAAUUCAACAGAGUGAUCUCCAGCCUUGUCCUCGUCAACACUCUCACCUGUGACAAGAUGUCAGCUGGUCUUUUUGUGGCAGGGUUGAAAUGGAAUGCAUGUUUUUUUUGGACUAAGUUCAUUUUCAUGGCAAAGAGGUACUUCACAAUAUAAUUCAAUUCAUCUGAUCACUCUUCAUAACAUUCUGGAGUAUAUGCAAUUCGCCAUCAUAAAAACUGAGGCAGCAGACUUUGUGAAAAUUCAUAUUUGUGUCAUUCUCAAAACUUUUGGCCACGACUGUACAAACAGAAUACUGUAGCUGAUUUAAAAACAUUCAUUCAACCUCAAGCCAUUCAACAAUCCUCAAACAAUCAAACACUUUUUAUAAAAAUAUCCCAUCUCUGUAUGUCUUUGAAAUGACAGAAAAUAGAAUCUACUGUAAAGUGUUGACAACAGCCUUCAUAAAAGUGUCCAGUGUCUUCUAAAGUGAAACGACAUGUAUGAAAAGAGCGUUUUCAACUGGUAAAAUCCAAACACAUAUUGCUGCUCAAAUAUCAAACAUCUGACAGCUUUCAAUAUAGUGAACAUUUUACUUGCGUUUUCUGGAUUUGCUUUUAUUUUGAAAGCCACUGGUCUGCAAAGAACAAAGCUGUGUAAAAAUUUGUCAACGUUUCUCUUUGGUGCAAAUAACCAGACAGGAAUGGAACAGAAUGAAGGUAAAUGAAUGACCCUUUUAACAUUUUAAAAAUGAUUGAAAAAUGUGAAGCCUUUUCAUUUAUCUUUUGGUAACAGCUACAGUAUAA